UAUUGUGAUUGUGAAUUUCAGGAAUCUAUAAAAACAAGACAUCCACAACUUCACUAUGAGUCAAAAUUGUACAUGCUUCUUCAAGGAGGUUCUGGUGUUCCUCAUUUAAAGUGGUUUGGAGUUGAGGGUGACUACAAUGUCAUGGUGAUUUACCUUCUUGGGCUUAGCUAGCUUGAAGAUCUCUUCAAUUACUGCACUCAGAAGUUCUCUUUGAAAACAGUAUUGAUGCUUGCAGAUCAACUAAUCAACAGAGUCGAAUUUAUGCAUUCUAGAGGCUUUCUUCAUCGUCAUAUAAAACCUGACAAUUUUUUAUUGGGCUUGGGACGCAAAGCAAACCAGGUGUACAUCAUUGACUAUGGUCUUGCUAAAAAGUACAGAGAUCUCCAAACUCACAAGCAUAUACCUUACCGAACAAAUUCAAAGGGAUGAUCUGGAGUUCCUUGGUUACGUGCUUAUGUAUUUUCUGAGAGGAAGGUUGGAAAUUGCAUGCUUUGGUCUUACGUCGUUCUUUCUUUAUUUUCUUGUUAUACUUUUGAGUUAAUUUUUGGGUUAGUCUACCUUACAUUCUUUUUGUUAUAAUUUUUCCAUUUUUCGUUUGUUCUUCGUAGCCUUUCUUGGCAAGGACUAAAAUCAGGGACUAAGAAGCAAAAGUAUGAUAGAAUUAGUGAGAAGAAGAUGUUGACUCCUAUAGAGGUUAAUUUGUUUACCUUGAAAUAAACUUGCAUAUAUGUAUGAGCUCAUAGGCAUUGUACUUCUAUUAUAUUUAGUGACAUGAAUCACACUUCAUCUUUUGGAUAAGUAUAAUGUUUGGUGCAUCAUAAGUAUGGAUUGAACCAAGUAAAACCUUCUUGAUUGUUAAACUUGGUUAUAUUAUGUGCAUAUAAUUUUCUCGAUCUUAAACUAUUCACAGAUGGUACGUGUGUUUAAUUUUUGUUGUCAUAUUAUUUUACCAACAAUAAUAGCAAAAUUUUCAGGAUAUAUUACAUAUUUGUACUUUAUUAAGAAACGAUCGAUGUUAAUAACUAUAAUUGUAAUAUUUAAAUGUGUUUGGGGGCAGUUUGCUUGAUGAAAAUAUAUAGGAUUUUACGCCUUUGAAGUUGAGGUGUGAUUAAUGUUCUUUGGCACUUAGUAUUAGAAGAACAAGUCUUGAUAGGAUACCGUUGCUUGAGAUAUGCUCUUUAGAUAUGACACAUAAUGUCAAAAAAAAAAAAAAAAAAAGUGAGGCAUAAUCUUUACUAUCUAAAUGUAGCGCUUUGAAACAUAUGUUGUUAUAGAUGCACUCAAAGGCUUCUUUGAAAUGUUUGAUCCUUAAUGUAAGUUUUGAAGAGACUUUUUUCAUAGCUGACCACAUUCUUGUCAUUAACUUCCUUCAUGACUAUAUAUUCUUGUAUUAAUGCUUAUGGAGAUACCGUUGGAAGUCAACCUCUAAGAGACUAUUAAAGGUGGUUGGUCACUUUGAUUUUUCAAGCUAGCCAUUGUGCAUGAGAGCUACCUUAAAGUACUAUUUGUUGAUUUUCUUAUUGUUUAUGGUGAUAUAUAUUAUAACUCAUCUCCUAGGAAAUCAUUGUGAUUGGUCAUUUAAUUCACCUUAAAGUUGGCUCACCAUCCCCUAGCCUCCACAAAAGGCAAUAUUAAUGUUGAGAUUUUUACAUUUAGAGUUUGCUUAUUUUUGAUCUAUUUGAAUUUUCUGAGAAAAUGAAAAAUCAUUUCAAACUUAUCCAACUAGAUAAAAGGUAAGAUGAGAAUCUCGCAUGUGUAAGACUUUUUACCUAUCGAGUUUUAUCAUCUUACAAUGCUUUUUUCAUCACGCAAAAGGCAAGGAGGAUUGAUUUUAAGUAAAAUAGGGUUAUUACAUCUGCACAAGUAACCUAUUGUAAGCUUGACGACUUGUAUUUGACUUGUUCUGGUGCUUUUGAAUUCCUUUUUGGAUUAACUUAUUCUUCUUGUUCCAAACAUUACAUCUAGAAUUUUUUUUUCCUUAUUUAAGCUUAACUUUUAUUUAGUGAGUUGCUGAUAUGAAUUCCCAAAUAAAAUCAAGAACAAAAGAAAUAUAUGAAGCAAUCCUUAAGUAUACAACAUACUUUAGGUGUCCUUCAAUAUAAAUUUAUUUGACCCUUAGAUCGGUAGUUAUAUAUUUGACAUUUUGUUUAUUUUGUUGAGUUGUAUCUAAGGCUCAAAGUCAUAUAGUCGUAAUAUAUUUUGUUUUUUGGAUAUAUGUUUAUCUAAGUGUAGUUAUUUUGUUGGUUAAUUCAUUCUUAGAUCAACACUUUGGGAAUAUUAAGUUAUUAAAGUACACCUUUCGCUAAGUUGGGCAGUUAAAUGGUUAUUUAGGUAUCAUUUUGUUUGUUCUUUUUACUUUUUUGGUUGAAAGGUAUUUAAAUAUUUACCAAAAUUAUAAAUAUGUUGAUUCUUGCUUAUAAACUAGUAGAGCUUGUAGCAUAUCUUCUCUUGAAAUGAAACUAAAUGCUCCCAUAAAAAGUUA